AUGUCCGCGACAAUCUUUCUGGACAGCCGCCAUACACACUACACCAACUUGGACUUCCUUUCCGGCAAAGUUGUUCUGCACCUGCCCACUGAAGCCGCGAUCGGGGGAAUUCAGGUGAAACUGGAGGGAGUGAGCCGAACACGGCUCUCUGGCCCUCGUCACCCACACCAUGUGAACUCAGACAAGAAACGGACCGAGUUGGAGGUUCACAAAAUUCUUUACAAGGUAGCGACCGUCUUUCCCACGCCAGCGGUGAUGCAGACGGGGGCGCCGGCGCCCUCGUACACUUUUGCGGCGGGUUCAUAUGAGUAUCCGUUCAAUUUCAAGUUUCCAUUCAAUAAUUCCUGCAAUACGGUCAACAGCAUGCGAACAAACCUCGUCACCUCGGGUCUCAAAGUCGAAAUGGCGCGCGACACCAACCGACAUGUCAAGAAGACCCUUCCUCCCUCCCUGAGUGGGUACCCUGGUAUGGCUGAGAUUGACUAUUUCAUCAAAGCGACGGUGAUCCGGCCUCAAUUUUAUAAAGAGAAUAUCAGAACUAUCGUACCUUUAAAUUUCCUUCCCAUUGAGCCACCAAGAACCGGGAAUCCAAACGAGGAGACCUAUGCUCGCCGGCAUCAUCAAUUUACCAGCCCGCCAACGCUCACCAAGAAAAAGAGCGGCAUCUUUGGUCGAACCACCGCCACCACCUAUCAAGAGUCCAAAACCGAACGACCGCGUAUCUCGGUCGAAUCCCGAUUGCCCAACCCUUCGAUCCUCACGUGCAACGAACCCAUACCGCUACGUCUCCUGGUCAAGAAAUUGAACAAUGUCCCGGAAAUGGUUUUUCUCCAAAUGCUGCAGAUCGAAUUGAUAUCAUGCACGAGGAUCCUAGCGCAUGAUCUCACUCGGCAAGAGAACGGCUCUUGGGUGAUUAUGAGCGCGAGUAACAUGGGCUACCCUCUGGGUCGACCUGGCGAUACGGCUGGCACCGAGUGGACCAUCGAUCCAAAGAUGUGGGCUGGUUUACCUCUUCCCAGCUCGGUGGCGCCAUCCUUUGAAACGUGCAAUAUCGAGCGAAGUUACGAGUUGGAAAUCCGAGUGGGAUUAACUCACGGCACGACAGGCAGCAUCAAGCCUCAAAUGAUUGUACUUCCGCUACGAAUGCCGGUCAAGGUUUACUCCGGAAUCGCACCCCCAAAGGCCUUGUUGGAAGCCAUGGCGGCAGCAACCCCCCAAACCGCAUCCUCAAAACCCGCGCCAGAGCCGGUGCAACUGGAGGCCUCGGGGGAGGAACGUCCCCCAAUGCCUCCACGUCCCACUCCACAACCCGUUCCAGCAAGCGAAGGGGCCGUCUAUGACGACGCACCCCCUAGUUAUGAGGACGCGAUGGGCGAGAACAUUAGCCCCGUAGAUGGACCACGUCGCGAGUAUCACCCACCAGAUCCCUCUUCCUCCCGAAGAAUUGUGGAAUCCGGCACUGAUUCCAAAUCUCCAGUCGAAAUGGGAAGGUUUCAUGAAGACGGCUCGUCCGCUGAAGGUUCUUGGGCCCCCUCAAGUCGCGCACGUCGUUCCUCGUCCGAGUCCUUUGACAUGCUGCCUACCACUCCUCCCGAGUCGCACUCUGGAUCGCCACCCACGUCGCCUGUGACUCGCUCCCACAGUAUGAUGAAAGGUCCUCGUCAUGAAAAUAAUCAAGACGGCCCCCCGCAGUAUGAGCCUGUCUCUGAGAUACACCUUCAGCCCCACGCUCAAGUUGAUCGUCGGCCAUCACGAACUAGUCUUCGACCCAUGAAUCUGGGCGUACCUGCUCGAAAGCCAGUUCCCCGCAGUGCUAAUAUGCCGCACUGA